AUAAGAGAAUUCAUGGUUCCAUAUAACCAACUUGAAGGAAAUCUUCCCUCAGACAUAGGAAUCACUCUUUAUAAUCUCCGAGUCUUAAAUGUUGGUGGUAACUUGUUUACUGGUUCCAUUCCUGUAACGAUAUCCAAUCUCACCAAACUAUAUUACUUUUCCAUUUCGCAAUGCGGAUUUACAGGAAAAGUCCCUUCUUUAGAAAAAUUGCAUGAUCUUGGGAAAAUACUGCUAUAUGACAAUCAUCUAGGAACAGGUGAAGUGGAUGACUUGAGCUUUUUUGACACUUUAACCAACGCCACUAGAUUGUCCUUAGUAUCUCUAACCACCAACAACUUCGGAGGUGUGUUGCUGGAAUCAAUCAGCAACUUCUCUAAGGAAUUUUCGUUUCUCAACGUGGCUUGGAACAGAUUAGUCGGGACCAUUCCAUCCGGGAUAGGGAAUCUAAUCAAUUUGCAAUUGCUUUUCUUGUCCCACAACCAUUUAAGUGGUAACAUUCCUUCUGAUAUUGGGAAGCUUCAAAAGCUGCAAGUUUUGGGACUAGCACAUAAUACAUUUCAUGGGGAGAUACCAUCAUCCUUCGAAAAUUUAACUUCAUUAUUUUGGCUGACUAUGUAUGAGAAUAAUCUUCGUGGCAGCAUCCCUUCGUAUGUUGAGAAGUACAAAUUUUUACAGGUACCAAGCCUUGAUCAUAACUCUCUUAGUGGUGUCAUACCCAAAGAAGUUGUCAGUCUCUCAUUGUUGCAGUAUCUAAGCCUCGCACAUAACAAUUUGAUUGGUUCCCUUCCAUUGGAUAUUGGACUUCUACGAAAUCUAGAAACACUAGAUGUUUCCCAGAAUAUGUUGGUUGGUCAGAUUCCAGCUUCUAUUGGUAGUUGUGUAAUGUUGACGUCAUUGAACAUGGAGGAUAACAAAUUGUCUGGAAUCCUUCCUUCAGCUUUAGCCCAUUUGAGAGGUAUAGAGGAGCUAGAUCUUUCUCACAAUAACCUCUCAGGAAACAAGAAGCUCUGUGGGGGUAUACCCGAAUUGCAGCUGCAAAGUUGCAACUCCAAAAGGUCCAGAAGUAGAAGAUUUGAUCUUACUGUGAAAUUAAUUUUUUCUAUAUCUUUCGGGCUUCUAGGACUGCUUCUUUUGUUAUGCUUCCUAUAUCUGUGUUGGUUUAGAAAGACGAUAAAUGUUCCGCUCGUCAAGUUCUCAGGAAACUCAUUUCUCCAAUUGUCCUACCAAAGUCUACUCAAAGCUACCGAUGGCUUUUCUCCUGCCAAUUUGAUUGGUGGGGGUAGUUUUGGUUCAGUGUAUAAAGGAAUUCUUGAUGAGGGUCGGAAAGUUGUUGCAGUGAAGGUACUUAAUCUUCGAUUUCCUGGUGCUUCCAAGAGUUUCAUAGCCCAGUGUAAAGCCUUGAAGAGCAUCAAACAUCGAAAUCUUGUAAAGAUUAUCACAGCAUGUGCAAGUAUUGACUAUCAAGGUAAUGAUUUCAAAGCUUUGGUUUAUGAUUUCAUGGUCAAUGGAACCCUAGAAGAGUCGUUGCAUCCUAAUGACCACAACAAUGCUGCACAUGAGGAGUCAAGGAGAUUAAACUUUCUACAGAGGUUAAAUAUUGCAAUUGAUGUAGCUUCUGCUCUAGAUUAUCUUCAUCAAUACUGCUCAGAACCAAUAGUACACUGUGAUUUGAAACCGAGCAAUGUUCUUUUCGACGAUGAAAUGACUGCACAUGUAAGUGAUUUUGGAUUAGCAAGGUUCCUUCUAGAAGCCACCUCCAAUUCGUCUGCAAAUCAAUCAAGCUCCAUUGGCAUAAGAGGGUCUAUUGGUUAUACUGCUCCAGAGUAUGGCAUGGGAAAUGAGGUGUCACCAUCUGGCGAUGUCUAUAGUUAUGGAAUACUCUUAUUGGAGAUGUUUACAGGGAAGAGACCUAUUGACAGCAUGUUCAGCGAUGGUCUGACUCUCCAUAAAUUUGCUAAGGUGGCUUUGCUUGAACAAGUACUGAACAUUGUGGAUCCAACACUCGUUCAACAAAUGGGAAUGAGGGAGGCAAGCUCAAGCAUACAAAUUGCUCAGAACCAUAGCUCUUCUAGCACUCACGAAAUUCAAGAGUGCUUGGUUUCAGUGCUUAAAAUUGGAAUUGCUUGUUCAGAUGAUCUACCGACAGAUCGAAUGGACAUCAAGGAUGUAGUAAGCCAGUUGCAUGCAAUCCGAGCACGUACUAUGCUUGAAACUGUAGCUCAGGGAGGCAAAAGUACUAGAAAUGUCGGGUGAUCAUGAGCAGGGUUUUUGAUGUCUACUUCGACUUGAAGAUUCUGUUGAUACUGGAGAUUUCUUCUGCUGUGUGUUACAGAUGUUAUUCUAUGCUGUAAUUUCCAUUUCGCCUCUUUUAUGUCCUAAGUUUGUCUCAAUCUUGAAGUUCUUUGCAUGAUUGAAUGUACUUUAAUAAAGCUUGACUUCAAUUGAUUAUCAUGUCUAAAAAGACUACAACUAUGGAUCUAUAAUUUGCUCGUCACUUUUACUCUAUGAAAUGCAGUCUUCAUGUGAAUCCAGCAUCCAGUCAUUCU